UGCCGCUCCCUUGUCUGAUGCUGCGCGGCUCCUUCCCCGCGCGGGGGGCGCGCCGAGACCACCGGGAUUAGAGGAUCCAGCCUCUCCCAUCCAGCCCCCAGCGCUCCAUGCCGGGCUCCGCGCGGGGCUGCCAUCCGCCCGGGAGGGACCGGCAUGUCCGAGCGGCGUGAGGAGGGCAGCUGGCCCCCUCCGGGGCCGAGCCGGGGCCCUUCCCGCUGGCCCGAGGCUUGGGAAGGUGCCGGGGAGCCGGGCUCGGCUGGGCAGGGGCGGCGGGGGAGCGGGGAUGGAGCUGCGGCGGAGCUGAGAGGAGCCUGCCAGGGCGAGAGGGAGCGGCUGCCUUCGGCUGGAGCGUGGCACGACUGAGCUGCACCUCGGGCUGAUCCCGGAAUCCUUGGGCUGCUCCUGAAAUUUUGGCUGCUCCCGGAAUCCUCAGGCUGCUCCUGAAUCCUUGGGUUUCUCCCAGAAUCUUGGAUGCUCCCGGAAUCCUUGUUUGCUCCUGGAAUCUUGACUGCCCCCACAAUUUUGGGCUUCUCCUGCAAUCUUGGCUGCUCCUGGAAUCCUUGGGCAUCUCCUGCAAUCUUGGCUGCUCCCAGAAUUUUGGGUUUUUCCUGCAAUCUUGGCUGCUCCGGGCUGCGAGGAUCCGCGGAGGGUCAGCGGCUGCCGGCCGUGUCCCGGAGGAGCCGCUGGACAGCGGAGGCAGCUCCGUGUUCCCGGGCGAGGCCGCUUGGAUGUGAGAGAGUAUCCCGGAGGAUCUGAGAGGAUAUCCCGGAGCACAGGGAUAUUCCCGAGCCCGUUCCUGUCGCCACCGUGACAUUCCCACCGUUCCCACCCCAGCAGCGCCUUCUCCUCGUCCCGGUGGGCUCGGCCGGGAUUUGGGCGCCGGGAUUGUGCUUCGCUUUUCCUGGGGCGGGUGUGGAUUGAGCCUCCCUCGAGGGGCCGGAGCUGUCCCCGAGGCCGCGCCGCUGCCGUGGCACGGGAUGGGAACCCCCGGGAACACUUAGGCUGCCGAGAGCGCCGGGGACGGGUCACCGGGAUCCGCCUGAGCCUCGUGGUGACACUGGUGGCCGAGCAUGACAGCGUGCCAGUACCCCAUGGCGCCGGGAGCCCUGGAGCGGGACCGGCUGUACCAGCACAAGGUGUCCCUGGUGGUGCGCUACUUCAUGAUCCCCUGCAACAUCUGCCUCAUCCUCCUGGCCACCUCCACGCUGGGAUUCGCCGUGCUGCUCUUCCUCAAUAACUACAAACCCAACAGCUACUUCACACAGACGCCGCCGCCGCCGCGGGAUGGUGAGUGCCGAGCCGGGACACCGAGCCUCUCCUGGGCUGCCCAAACCCAUCCUGCCUCUUCCCACUCCUGCCCCCGAGCUGGAACUCAGCUCUGGGCAUUUAAAGUCACUUCCGAGCCAGCCCAGCCCUGCCAGUGCUGGGAUGUGGGGUUUGGGUGAGCAGAGAGCCCUCAGCGCUCCCUUUUUCCAGGCAUUUUCCUGGCUGGAAGCAGGGAAGGGCUGGAAAAGGUCAGCACCUGGGUUUCCUGCAGACCUGAAUUUCCAUCCUUGCCUCUGGGCCGCCUCUCCCACCUUUCCUCUGCUUUCACAGAGAACUUUGGGGUUUUGGGGUUUUUUUUUGUGAGGUUCUUAUCAGCCAGCAGCUUCAGGAGCUGCUGGAUGCAGGGCAGGCAAGCCCAGGCUGAGAUAAAACCAUCACAGGAGCUUUGUUCCCUUUAAAACCAGGCUUAAAUCCCUGCCUUUGCUGGCAGGCUCUUCCCCCACCUUCACGUGCACAGAUAAGA